AUGGCGUCUGCUGGAGGUGAGCGCUUAUCGAGCACGGACUUUAAGAAGAAACGAGAGAUUGAAGAAGCACGUAAAAAUGGAACAUUACCACCUGAACAAGAUGCAGAUGGUAAUCUUAUUAAUCCACACAAUCCUGAAUAUAUUAGCAAGCGACCGUGGUAUUUAGGUGACUCGGGACCUUCUCUUAAGCAUCAGACGCUUCAACAUGAAGCUCAUUUGCUAUCAAUUCAUGAAGCGGAUGAUCUUUAUAUUAAGGGGAGAAAUAAUCAUGUGUCAGUAGAGCCAAGUACUGGGAAUAGACAGCGCAAAUGGCGUAAAGGGGCGUGUAAAAACUGUGGUGCGAUGACUCACAAGACGAACGAAUGUGUCGACCGACCACGUAAAGUGGGUGCGUGGAAGACAAAUAAGAACCUUCAACAUGAUGACGUCAUUGUCGAUGUACGGUCGGAAAAGUUUGGUAAACUUGCAUUUGAUGCGAAACGUGAUCAAUGGUUGGGUUAUGACCCAAAAGAACAUGCCAAAACGAUUGAACGAUACGAGAAAGUGGAUGCAGCUCGUAAACAACUUCGAAGGGAAGAGAUUAAUAAGAAAUUGAAUGACUCAGUAGAUAAGAAGAUGAUGAAAGAGAAGAAGGUACGGGCGAAAGAAAAGAACAAAGACAAAGCAUUGGACUUGAACUCGGACUCGGACUCGGAUUCUGACUAUGAGUCCGAUAUGGAGUCAGAGGAUGAAGAGUUUCGCGAUCGGGAUGAAGGGCCCAUGUUUACAGAACGUGUGGCAAGACAGGGAGGUGUGGGUGGUGCUCAGAUGAAAACAACGGUGCGUAAUCUGCGGAUCCGAGAAGAUACGGCCAAGUACCUUCGGAACUUGAAUCCGAACUCGGCCUUUUAUGAUCCAAAGACGCGAUCUAUGCGCGAUAAUCCCAACCCAGAGCUAAACCCAGAGGAUACUACGUUUAUUGGUGACAACAUGGCGCGUUAUACGGGCGACGCUCAGAAAUUAGCGUCGGCUCAGCUAUUUGCAUGGGAGGCUUACUCCAAGGGCACAGAUAUCCACUCGCUUGCAAACCCUUCGCAAGCUGAGUUCUUGAAAAAGCAGUACGAAGAAAGGAAGGCUGCGUUGGAAAAGGAGAAGAGCCGUAAGAUUCUAGACAAGUAUGGAGGUCAGGAACAUCUCGAAGCACCACCCAAGGAGCUUCUGUUGGCGCAGAGCGAGCACUAUGUCGAGUACUCGCGCGACGGCCGGGUCGUCAAGGGUCGUGAACGAGCACCAGUACGCUCCAAAUACAUUGAAGACGUUUUCGAAAACAACCACACGAGUAUCUGGGGCUCGUGGUUUGAUCGCAGCGAAAUGGCGUGGGGAUAUGCCUGCUGUCACUCGAAGGCUCGCAAAUCGUACUGCACGGGCGAUGAUGGAAAGAAGGCCCUUCAUGACUUGCAAUCGACGUACUCGGAGCGGCCUGCACUGGAUUUGCCUGGGUCACUCGAGUCUGGGUUGGUUGAUCAGACUAAACAAGCUCAGGCAAGCGGUGUGAUCAGCAAGCGAAGUGAGAUGUAUGGCGAGAAUAUUGCCCCUGAAUUAGACGAAAAGAAGCUCAAGAAGGCUAUGAAGAAGGUAGCCGAGGAGAAGAAGAAGCAGGAGAAGGAUGACAAGAAACGCAAGUACAACUCGAUGGGCAAUUACGAGGUAAACGCAGAGGAGAUGGAGGCCUACAAGAUACUCAAGUCACGCGGUGACGAUCCCAUGGCGAACGUACUUGGUAAUGACGUGCUGCUUGAAGAAAAUGAAAGCAAUGGAAAACGGGGAAGGCGCUGA